AUGAACAUUCGGUUCCGUCAGGUUCAUUCCUCCAAGAUGGGGGUCGCCCUCAACCAUGUGGCCACCGUGCAUCGCCAGGCCUCCUCCACCUACUCGUCUCUGGGCAUCUAUUUCCAGUGCCAAGAUGUGGCCCUGGGAGAUGUGAGCGCUUUCUUCCGGGAGCUGGCCGAGGAGAAGCGGGAGGCUGCCAGGUAUUUCCUGAAGCAGUCCCGCCUGGGGUGUGACUGCCCCCUGACCCAGGGGCCGCCGGGGCCCAGCUCAGGUGAGUGGUGCAGCUGCCUGCAUGCCAUGGAAGUGGCCCUGGAGCUGGAGAAGAGCCUGCACCAGGCCCUGCUGGAGCUGCAUUCCCUGGCCUCUGCCAAAGAAGAAACCAACCUCCUUGCCUUUCUGGAGGACUACUUCCUGGAGAAGGAGGAAGAGCGCUUGAAGCAGAUGAGCGACUACCUGACCAACCUCCGCCGGCUGGUUCACCCACCCGUGAAGGCCAAGCUCGGGGAGUUUCUCUUCAAAAAGGCCUCUCACAAGCCCAAGUGUGACUAA